UUAUAUUUGAGUUUUUUUCGUUUCCAAUGAAACUAUAACAUACUCGAAGAAACAGUAGACCGACAGACGGAUAGAAGUAAAGAGAACGAAGCAGAAGUAAGAUGGCGCUUGCAUCUUCUGUGAGCCUGUACUACUCAAUCGUGCAGCGGGCGGCGAGGCACUACCUAGAAGAUUAUUGUCACACAGAUACGACAGCGCCUUAUGUGCUAUAUAAGGAUGGAGUGGAACGCGCUCCGCCUGGUACGCAAUGGGGUGGCGCUGUUUUGGACGGAGGCUAUCAAGCCAUGCAACAUCAGAGCCCUGGUGGACCCUCACCGCAGCCCGAGCCACAACUCGCCUCUCCAGCCCCUUCACCCUAUCCUCCCGCACCACCGCCUCCAGAUCAAUCGGCGGAUGAGGCAGCUCAGCAACUUGCCCAGCAACAAGCUCAACAACAAGCCCAACAACAGGCUCAGCAACAACAAACAUCACCAGAUCAUUUGCAAGUCGAUCAACAGCUGCAAAAUCAACCACAACCUACGGCGCAGGAUCAUCUCGACAGAACUCCUUGCUUCGUUCCACAGCCGGACUUACAACAACAAUACGCCACGCCCUACUUCAAAGAAACGAGGCCGACUAGUCACAUGCUUGGCACCGGUGGAUUCCCGUUGCAUUACUUAAAACAAAAUGGCGGAGUUCUUUCACUAGAGGGUCCGCUGGAUCAGUAUGCAACGCCAGACUUACGACAUUUACCAGACAUCGUACAACCGGAGCCACCCAAGCCUCGGAAACACAAUCCGAACUCUGAACUUCGUCUAUUCAAGUGCCUGACCUGCGGCAAAGACUUCAAGCAAAAAUCAACAUUGCUACAGCACGAGCGGAUCCACACGGACUCGAGGCCUUACGGAUGCCCGGAGUGCGGCAAGCGGUUUCGUCAGCAGUCCCACCUGACGCAGCACCUGCGCAUCCACGCGAACGAGAAACCGUACGCGUGUGUGUACUGCCCGCGCUCGUUCCGGCAGCGCGCCAUCCUCAACCAGCACCUGCGCAUCCAUUCCGGUGAGAAGCCAUAUACGUGCGGCGAGUGCGGCAAACAUUUCCGCCAGAAGGCCAUCCUGAACCAGCACGUCCGCACACACCAAGACGUUUCACCGCACCUAAUCUUCAAGAACGGGACGACGCCGACGUUGUGGCCCCAAGAUGUACCGUUCCCUCCUGAUGAGAACAAGGAGGAAGUGCAGUCGACCUAUGGAGACACGGAUGGGCAGAAUGGUGAACAACGAGGAUCUUGCUUCUCGCCAGGUGAUACGGCACAAUACCCCGCUUACUUCAAAGAUACUAAGGGCCUUAACCAUGCCGUCUUCGGUUCCAGUCUUUCACUUCAAUAUCUAAAAGGUGGGAAACUGCCGGACGUGUUAGGUGGUCGAGCGAUGCCUCUUUAUGUGCGCUGUCCAAUUUGCCAAAAGGAAUUCAAACAAAAAUCAACGUUGCUUCAACAUGGCUGCAUUCAUAUAGAAUCACGGCCAUACCCGUGUCCGGAGUGUGGUAAGCGUUUCCGUCAGCAGUCACAUCUAACGCAACAUCUGCGCAUUCACACAAAUGAAAAACCUUAUGGGUGUGUAUAUUGUCCCCGAUUUUUCCGGCAACGGACAAUACUGAAUCAGCAUCUCCGCAUACAUACAGGAGAGAAGCCGUACAAAUGUACACAGUGUGGAAAAGAUUUCAGGCAAAAGGCGAUACUCGAUCAACACACACGCACCCACCAGGGCGAUCGACCAUUCUGUUGCCCGAUGCCAAAUUGCCGGCGACGGUUCGCUACGGAACCGGAAGUCAAAAAACACAUCGAUAACCACAUGAACCCGCAUGCGGCGAAGGCGCGACGGGCCGAUGCUAAGACUCCGAGGCCGCUGCCGCCCGCGGCGGCUGUCGUGAAACCGGAGUUGUACUUCCCGCAGUGCUACGCGCCGCCGUUCCAGCAGUUCCCUGCGACGAGCGCGACCGAGUUCAAGCCGGCCGUAGGUCCGGGCUCGGCCGUGGCGUGCCUGCCCGCGCAGUGACCCGCGCCGCCGCGGUGGCCGCCCGCGCCCCCGCCGCCGCACACGCCGCACGCGCCGCACACUCCGCACCACGACCUCUACAUCGCCGAUCGCCUCUACAACUAGGAGAGCCGGCCUCGACCGGCGGCACGUGACGUGCGUUCCGUUCGGUUGCGGAAACUUAAGUAUACGACUCGCCUGUGCGAGCUUAUGAGAUUGAAAUGUAAUCGUUAUCGGAUCGCUGUAAAACACGCUUCGAUCUGUAAAUAACCGAUAUCUUUAUACUCUGUCGAAGGUCUGUCGCGAAUGUACAGUUAAAGAGUAUGCACACCAUUAAUAGUGUUACCGUUCAAAAAAGCGAGUAUAGAUAGCAUUUUUGCCCCGUAAUAUUAAGUUACCACGUAAGAGUUAGGUUUCUCGGUGAUUCUUCUGUCGAUACGGUCGAAACGUCCGUCAAUAUCUAAGCGGAUCGAACCAGAGAUUAGAUUUAAAAAGUCUUCGUUGAAAUAUAAAGAAAUAAGAUUUGCUCUUUUACC